AAGCAUUUUACAAAGAAAAUUGUUAUCACAGCAGAGAUUUUUUUUCCUCAACCUUUUUACAGAAAUAUUUCAAUUAAAAAAUACCUUUUAUACUCACAAAAGCAAAAAGCUUGUCGAAGCUAUCAGCACAGGAAUUUCAAAGCCUAAAAAGAAAACUUUAUAAAUCCAAACAUAAAAAGCUGAACUCUGCCAUUGAUCCAAAAACCAAACCCCAAGCAAACAAAAGCAGACGAGAACACAAAAGAGAUGAUCAAAGGCAGAGAUGGAAGCAGACGAUCAUCUACUUCUAGCUACCCUGCAGAUUUGUUGGUUUGUUUCCCUUCAAGAGCCCACUUAGCUCUUACUCCCAAAACCAUCUGUAGCCCGGCACGUCCCUCAUUCUCCACCAACCAUCAUCCCCACCACCGUCGCCAGCUCAGCAGACUCUCCAGCGGCGGUGGAGGAAGAGGAUAUGGAAGUCCUGCUUUGUGGGCCAAACAAGCAAGCGGUAAGAGAAUGAGCGGUGAAGAAAUAACCGAACCAACUUCACCUAAAGUCACAUGCGCCGGUCAGAUCAAAGUCCGGCCAAGAAAACGCGGCGGGGAAGGAAAGAACUGGCAAACAGUGAUGGAGGAGAUAGAGAGGAUCCAUAACAAUAAGCCCAAGAGCAAGUUUCUUGGUUUCUUGACUUGUCUAAAGAACAUCAAGUUCAACUUAACGUGUUUUGGUGAUUUCGGACAUGCUGAUGUCAUCAUCACUAGCGACGACGAUGAAGAAGAUGAUGAAGAAGAAGAAGAGAAUACAAAUAAUGUUUUCUCCAAGUGGUUUAUGGUUUUGCAAGAGGAAGAGAGCAAGAGCGAAGACGACAAGAAUAUCAAGAAGUGCGUUGUCGUCGAAAACGCAGACGCAGAACCUGCGGUUCCGCCGUCGAACGCGCUUUUGUUGAUGAGGUGUAGAUCGGCUCCGGCGAAGAGUUGGUUAGAGGAGAGAAUGCAAGUGAAAACAGAGGAAGAGGAGAUGAGUGUGAAGAAGAAGAAGAAUAAGAAGGAUUUGAGAACAUUAAUGGAGGAAGACAAGAUGGAGUUAGUGUUGAUGAGAUACGAUACUGAUUAUUACAGGCUCUCUUCAGACAUAGCUAAGGAAACUUGGGUUGUCGAAGGAGUUCAAGAUCCACUGUCUCGGAGUCGUAGCUGGAAAAGCUAGUUUUUGCCAGUUAUACUACGGUUACUAAUUAUAUUAAUCAUCGUGUUUAAAAAUAUGAUUAAGCUUUUUUUUUACUAUCAUUUUAUUAUAUGUUAAUUAAAUUUGAUACUGUUUUUUUUUUGGUUUCUUGAGUUUUCAGAGUAUAUCUCAAAAGAUUUGUUUUCUUUCUUUCGUGUGUAAAUGUAAUGCACAUAUAUGUACAUGUUUUUAUAUUA